AUGCUAGAGCCUAUGGACAAAAAGGAACUCACCGCUCUAGUAUUAUUAGAUGUCUCGAAAGCCUUCGACAGUAUUAACCAUCACAGAUUGUUACACAAACUAGCGAAUGUCGACGCUUCCCCAGCAACAGUACAGUGGUUUAAAAGCUACUUUCAGUCCACCCGCAUCAACUCCGCCCUAUCUGAUCCACUACCAAGCACUCACAGAGUACCCCAAGGUGCGACGCUUUCACCAUUAUUAUUUUGUAUUUACUUGAACGAUCUUCUCUCCGUAUCUCGUGACUCCAGCCUUGAAUCGUAUGUUGAUGACUCGAAAGUUCUCCUCUCCUUCCCAUUACAUCAGAUUGAUGCAGCAAUUGCAAAUCUCAAGCAAGACCUACACAGAGUUGCAAGUUGGUGCUGUGAAAACCACCUUUUAAUUAACCCAGGGAAAACAAAGUACAUGAUGAUCGGAACAAGGCAGAUGAUGAACAAACUACCUACAGACACAUCAGUUUCAUUCUUGGGCAAGUCUCUUAAACCAGUGGACUCUGCUAAAGAUUUAGGUGUCACAUUAGAUAGACACCUAAAUUACGACAAACAUGUCUCACUUCUUGUCUCGUCGUGUUUGAACAAAUUAUGCCAGAUAAAUUGUGCAAAAAAUAGUUUCGACACAAAAACUUAUCGGAAGUCAUUUCAUCCUUGGUCAUCAGCAAAAUGGUUUAUUGUUCUUUGGUGUGGUCGAAUACGUCUGCCUCCAAUGUGA